AUGCGUGCGGUACAGCUUGAAAUUCCUCCUCACGGCGCGAAAAAAGGCGAGCGUCAUGUCAUCGCUGUUCGUCAUGUAAGUCUUCCGUCGAUAUUCAGAGACAAUAUGGUCCUCCUAAAGAUCCUUGCUGCAGGAAUGAACAGACGCGAUCAUUGGUCUGCCCUCGGCCUUUACCCAGGACUUGUAUUCGAGAACUCUACAUUGGGUUGUGAUGGGUGUGGCAUCAUCGUCGAUCCAAGCACACUCCAGCCACUGUCUGAAGACCUGUACUUACUCGUUCCGUCCCGCGGCUGGCUUCGCGACGAAGCAGGACCAGAAGCUGCUUUGCCGAAUGCGCCAGCUGACAUUGCAACGAACGAGUUCGGCGGGCACGGUUUCGGUAUCCUGGGCGCGACACGACAAGUAUGCGGCACGGGCACAUUCUGUGAGUACAUCGCGGUUGAUAGGACACAACUGGUUCGCGCUCCCUCUCAUCUCACAGCCGUGCAAAGUGCAUCGCUUCCGUGUGCCGCAGUGACGGCCUACCGAGCUCUAUUCACCAAAGGACACGUCCAAGCAGGCCAUAAUGUGUUGAUUACCGGCAUUGGCGGGGGCGUUGCCAUGCUUGCGUUGCAAAUGGCCGUCGCAGCCGGCGCAAAUGUAUUUGUGACGGGAGGAUCAGACGCCAAACUUCGGAAUGCAAAAACAUUGCAUGCGUGCAAAGGCCUGCUAUACAAAGACGAGGCUUGGCCCGAUAAACUCCGUAAAAGCCUUCCAACAACGCGGCCAUAUCUCGAUGCUGUGAUCGAUUCAGCGGGCGGCGAUAUCGCCGGUCAGGCUAUCCGCGCCGGACUACGCGACGGCGGCCGCGUCGUGGUAUUUGGAAUGACCGCUGUACCGAAAGUUGCAUUUACCAUGCGCGAGGUGCUUAAGAAUGUCGACCUACAAGGAACGACUCUUGGGUCCGCGUAUGAGUUUGCACAAAGCAUCCGUUUUCUCGAGCACCACAAGAUUGUGCCGGUCAUUGAUACUGUUCUUAAUGGACUAGAAGAGACAGAAAAAGGCCUCACACUUCUUGCAGAUGCUGAGAAACGCUCCGGAGGCAAAGUCGUAAUUCGUGUAUGUGACGAUGCACCGUCGCCAGUUUCGAUACUAGCGCGCAAUUAA